AUGUCCGACCACGAAUAUGGAGGCAAUGAUGACUUGUCUCUCCCCAAAGCUACGGUCCAAAAGAUCGUGACAGAGAUCUUGCCAUCUUCAACCGGCUUGAGCUUUUCUAAAGAGGCCAGGGACCUGCUCAUAGAAUGUUGCGUGGAAUUCAUUACACUGGUCUCUUCAGAAGCCAACGAGAUUUCUGAGAAGGAAGCCAAGAAGACUAUUGCAUGUGACCACAUCACCAAGGCUCUAGAAACACUGGGCUUUGAGGAAUACGUCCCGGCAGUCCUAGAGGCUGCAGCCCAGCACAAGGAGACGCAAAAGGUCAUCAAGAACAUUCGAACAAAUAAGUUCGAAGACAGCGGCAUGUCGCUCGAGGAGUUGGAAAGACUGCAAGCGGAGCAGUUUGCUCAAGCUGCAGCAAGACACAACUAG